AUGGCAUCGCAACGAGACGAUAAGCUGCACGAACUCGACAGCCCCAAGACCAGAGCAGCAUCCGUUGCAGAAGGACAGUUAUACAGCAUGUGGGAGCUCCAAUACGCGCGCCAUUCGCCGACCCGCUUCGAACGUUUUAUAGAUAGCUUCAAACCAUACGAAACUAGUGAAAGCUUGGUCUCGGGCGAUCAUCUCAGCCAGUAUAGCAGCGCAACGACACUAUCGCGCGAUAAUCCGGACCCUUAUUAUUACGAUCUGCGUGCGGCAGCCAUCGAGUCGGCCAAUGCAAAGGUUGCGCGAAGGCUCAAGGGCAGGCAUUUACAGAUGAUUGCCAUCGGCGGCGCCGUAGGAUCUGGCUUGUUCGUGGCAUCCGGACUGGCUUUGCAAACGGGAGGCCCUGCCUCUCUGCUCAUAGCCUUUUCCACCAUUGGCGUUAUGCUUUAUUGUACAAGCCAGGCUCUGGGCGAGCUGGCUGUCAUCUUUCCCAUUGUUGGAUCGUUUUCUUCCUAUGCGACCAGAUUCAUAGAUCCCUCAUGGGGAUUUGCCAUGGGCUGGAUCUAUGCGAUACAAUGGCUCAUCGUUCUACCGUUGGAGCUUAUUGCGGCCACACUCACAAUCCGGUACUGGACAGACCAGGUGCCCGGUGCUGUGUUUGUCACCAUCUUCCUGGCAAUUACGUUGCUUAUCAACCUUACCGGCGUUAAGGGGUACGGCGAGGCUGAAUCAACGUUUUCGGUUAUCAAGGUUAUUGCAAUUGUCGGAUUCAUCCUUCUCGGAAUCGUCCUCAACUGCGGAGGCACACCAGAUCGCGGAUACAUUGGCGGCGAGUACUGGCAUGAUCCCGGUGCCUUUAACAACGGAUUCAAGGGCCUGUGUAGUGUCUUUGUCACCGCGGCAUUUGCCUUUGGCGGGACGGAACUCGUUGGCCUGGCUGCCGCAGAAACGACGAACCCACGCAAGUCUAUUCCUACAGCCAUGAAACAGGUUUUCUGGCGAAUUACGCUCUUCUACGUUGUUGCCCUUACCCUCGUGGGGUUGUUAGUCCCGUACAACGACCCUCGACUGGACGGUGCGAACAGCGUGGACGCAAACGCCUCACCCUUUGUUAUUGCCAUUGAGGAGGCGGGCAUACAGGUUCUCCCAUCUGUCAUGAACGUGGUUGUUCUCAUUGCCGUCUUGUCCGUGGGAAACUCGGCCGUCUUUGCCGCCUCCAGAACGGUCAUGGCCAUGGCAAAGCUCAACCACGCACCUCGAAUCUUUGGAUACAUUGAUCGAAAAGGUCGGCCGCUGGUGGCAAUUGGCGUGACGGCAGUGUUUGGUCUCCUCGCCUACCUCAUCGACCUCCGGACCCAGGGGAGCGUGUUUGACUGGCUUGUGGCCAUCUCUGGGCUCGCAACGAUAUUCAUCUGGUUCUCCAUUUGUCUUUGCCAUAUCCGCUUCCGCCGUGCCUGGGCCUCGCGUGGUCGAAGCCUCAACAGCAUACCCUUCACCUCCCAGGUUGGUGUUGUUGGCUCGUACUUUGGUUGUCUGCUCAACUUGCUUGUGCUUAUUGCGCAGUUUUGGGUUGGCGCCUUUCCCAUCGGCUGGGAGACCAUGGGGGCGACAAAGAUUGUGCAGAACUUCUUCCAAAAAUUUAUGAGCAUGCCCAUCAUCAUUCUCUUGUAUCUUGGACACAAGGUCUUUUACAAUACGCAUUACGUCAAGGUUCGGGAAAUGGACGUUGACACGGGGCGACGGCAUCUGAACUUGCCAAUAUUGGUGGAGCAAGAAGAUGAGCAACGGGCGUCGUGGCCAAAAUGGAAGAAGCUUUACAAGUUUUUUUGUUAG